CGUGUACUGUCACUUUCGUCUCUUGUUAGGACCGAAUACCGCACAUAUAUGUCAGCAGUAGCUCUCAUAUUUGACAGCUGGAUGCGCAGCAAUUUCACUCGAUAAAAAGUGUGCAAACCGUUUUGCAUAUGAGCAUACAUCUUGUUCUCAUAUUAUAUUAAUCACGUAAUGAUCUAUAAAAUGGUAUCAAAUUGGAUUCAUAGCAUGACAUCACGUUAUGAUAAAACGUGAUCAUCACGAAUUUCUAUCUAAGAGGAUCAGAGGCUUCCAAAAUAUUUUACAAACUUCGUCAACGCUUUGGCAGAGAGAGGCGAAAAAUGUUGGCCUCUCUAAAAGGAAAAUCAGGUCAAGGAGCAACAGCACCAUAUAUAUCCACAUGGCCGUUGUAUGAGGAGUGCAUAUUCCUAGCGGAUCAUAUUGUUGUACGCAAAACAUCAAGUAGUUACAAUACAAAUAUUUUGCCAAAAACUCAGAAUGCUGCAGCUGUGAGGCUCAAAUCUGAAGCUGACAAAUCCUCACUUAUAUCUAUCCGGUUCUCUUCUUCACCGUCACCACCUGUAUUCAUCAGGUCAUCUACGUCACCUCAAACUCCAGGGUUAUCAUCGUCUAGUGCGUGGAGCAGUGAUAACGACUUGUUUGUUGAAAAAGAUGUUGAAUCUGAUACGUCUGAUAGUCGAAGCUCAAAUAGACGAUUAUUUGCAGCUACAGCAAUGGGAGCGUCAAUGUUCUCAACUCUGAGCUCGGCUCAGAGAUCUGAAUCUAUUUUAAAGGAAAUAAAAGAAGCCAGAUCGGAAGGAAAAUGCAUUGUUCUCCCGUCUAACAAUUUUGCUGCAAAGAAGAAGGAUGAUGAUGCCUUAACUCAGGCAAUUCUACUUCAAACAAGUGCUCUGUCUUCUAUGACAGCUAAACUCAGCAAGGGCCUGUUAAAUCCUAGCAACACUAUUGUAUCUGAUAAUAAUAGUAAUAUUAGUAAUAACAGUAAUAUUAAUCUGAUUAUGAGUGCUAUCUCCUUUGCCCUAUAAUCUGUGCCCGUUGAGAAGCAUCUUGAAUGCAUGAUGGAACUAUUAUCGAUAAUAACUGAAAAGUAUGUCAAAAAGUGAUGUUUUAAUGUUUUUU